AUGUCAUGGAUGAUAGUGUGCGUAACGGCCGGCGGCGCCUUGCAGCUGCUUGACGCUGUCUACAAUGCAUCCGUGCCUCUGUCGGACGUGAUCCUCACCCACCCGUCCCCGUCACCCGUCCCUGCUGCCGCUCCCCCCGCCUCCGCCGCCCCGCACGCCAAAACUUCGCCCACGUUAGGUUAG